AUGUCCUCGCACGAAAAGCUCUCGGCCGCCUCCAACGACCGCAAAGCGCGCCUGGCCCAACUGAAGUCGCUCAAGCGCAAGCAAGCGCCAGACGACCGUUCCCCCGACGACGACGCCGCCACCACCACCGCCGCGCCCGCCAGCGCGCUGACCACGACCGCCUCCACCCCGUCCACCACGACCACGUACCUCUCCGGGCGCAACUUCGACCCGGAGACGCGCAACGUGCGCCUCGGCUUCGAAAAGACGCCCAUCGCCGACGCAACCGCCACGCUCGAGUACAAGGCCGCGCAGCUCGCGCUGCAGACCAAGCAGGCGCAGGAGCAAGAGCAGAGCGAUGCGCCGCUCGACUUGUUCAAGCUGGCGCCCAAGAAGGCCAACUGGGAUCUCAAGCGCGACUUGGAGGCGAAGAUGAAGGAGGGGGGACUGCAGCGGGCGACGGAGAAUGCGCUGGCGAGGCUGGUGAGGGAGAGGGUGGAGGCGCAGAGGCUGGCGAGGGAGAAGGCUGGAGAGGAGGCGCUGGAGGGGGGGUUGGAGGGCGGCGAGUUGGUCGAGGCGAUGCAUGUUCGGGAGGUGGAGGAGGAGAGGGAGCGCAGGAGGGAUGCCGAGGAGGAGGAGGUGGUGGAAGGGUGA